AUGCUCCCCGACAAAGAACUCGCUUACCUCGAACGAUGCAUUGAACUCGCCCGCGAAGCUCUCCAGGCCGGCGACGACCCCUUCGGUUCCAUCCUCGUCGACGACCAAGGCCAAAUCCUCAAAGAAGACCGCAAUCGCAUCGUCACCGGAAACGACAUCAGUCUACACCCCGAACUCACCCUGGCUACCUGGGCGCACAAGAACCUGCCGCCAAACGUGCGUGCCAGCGCAACAGUGUACACCUCUGGCGAGCAUUGUCCCAUGUGUGCUGCGGCGCACUCGUACGCGGGCCUGGGCCGCAUUGUGUUUGCAAGCUCGUCGAAGCAGUUGCGGCAGUGGAAGGAGGAGUUGGGGGCGCCGACGGGGGAGGUGGCGGCGUUGCCGAUUGAGAUGGUGGUGAAGAAGGCUGAGGUGGAAGGGCCGGUGGAGGAGUUGGGCGAGAAGAUCUUCGAAUUGCAUCGGUUGAGGUGGGAGAAGGUGUGCAGUCAGAGUCAGGGUCAGUAG